ACAUAGAGAAAGGAGGCUUAGCAGCUGCGAGUGGGAGGGGUCUCUAGGAACAAAUUCAUUUCCUGUUUAGGGUGGUGGAAAGAGAAAAAGUGUGCUGGACGGACAAUGGGAAGCUCCACUGAGCGAGGUGGAGAGGGGAGGCGGUGGGACCGAUGCUGAACAGCUGGGAGUCUUGAGAUGCUGGAGCGCUGUCUGCGUGUGGGGCUUCUAGCAACUCAGUGGCACAUGGAGCAGAGAGACACAGGGCUGACAUUGUGCCAACAUGACAUAUGAACCACCCCUGCCCUUCAAUACAACUCAACGACAAUAAUAGGGGUUAUGUUUUCAGGAUGGAAUAGUUGAAUUGUCCACAGCAAAACAGGAUCUGGAACCAGAAUAAGCAAAAGAACAAGUGAUAUUAAGUAUAUAUGUUACUGGACUCCAAGGCAGUAACAAUAUGAAGCUAAAUGAACGGAAUGUGGUGUAUUAUGCCACAAGCAAAUCUCCAGUGGACAAGCGUGGCUACCUGUUUAAGAAGGGGGACCGCAAUACUAGCUAUAACAAGCGAUGGUUUGUGCUGAAAGGUAACACACUCUUCUACUUUGACAAUGAGGAAAGCAGAGAGCCUCUUGGAGUUAUUAUACUGGAAGGUUGCAGGGUGGAACUUUGCGAGUCUUCAGAGGAAUUUGCUUUUGCCAUCAAAUUCGAGUUCACCAAGUCAAGAGCAUACAUUCUGGCUGCUGAUAACCAGAUUACUAUGGAAUCCUGGGUAAAAUCUCUCUCCAGAGCUAACUUUGAAUACAUUAGACUUGUCGUAGUUGAACUUCAGCAGCAGUUAAAGGAAAUGAAAACUAGUACCACCUCUUAUAAAAUUCAGGGGGUGACAGAAAAAGAUAAGCAGUUGUCUUGUAAUGCACACCAGUUUCUGUCUCAAGACCUUCAUGAGAAAACAGCAUGUUGUGUGCAAAAAGACCAUAUUGAUGCAACGGGGAACCACAUCCCUGUUGCUGUAGCAAAUGGUUCUGUCUGCAACUGUGAGGAAAAAGACUUGAGGUGCCUACGUUCCAGUUUGAAGGGCAGUUCCCUGCCUGAUUCUCUUUCUAUGCAAACUCAAGUGAUUCCUAAAACGGAUGAAGAUGAUAUGUGCCUUUCUACCAAAGGAGGAGCAGAGUCCCCAACAUUCAGUAGUUUUGAAAAACUGCAUGAUUUUUUUGGAGAAGAAAUUGUGGCUCUAAGGGCCAAAUGGAUUGAAGUGUUACAAAAACAGUUGUGACCCAAAAUGUGGUAAAAAGAGUGUAAAAAAAUGGCACUAUUGGCUUGACAUAUGCAUUUGAUGAACAUUCUUUUAUCAUUGGACACUAUCAUGUUUAAGCAAAGCAAAAUGAACAAAUUCAGAUUCAUUACAACAAUUUUUUUAUACUGGGAGAAUGUUAUGUUACACAUGAUUUUACUUCGUCUUAAAAUAUGACUUGCCCUAUGUAUGAGUGUCUGUCCUCAUAGGGAUUUCUUUUCCUUUAAACAGAGCAGCAUAGCCCAUUAAAUGCCUUAACACUGGUACCAUUGAGAGGUGGGCUGCUGCCUGUCAGCAUAGUGUAAAGAAAAUACUUAAUUUUUCCUGGAUCACAGGUCCUGGCGAUACAUAGGGCUCCCUUUUUGUUUUCUUAACUGUAAGUAUUGUUAGACUGUCUUAUGGUUCUGGCUUCAACUUUCGUGUCACUAGUUAAAUAAAAGCACAGCUGGGGGGAGAUUUCACUAAAUUCACUCAUGUCUUGCAUGGUGGUAGUAUUCGUGCUUCCACAUUAAGCCAUCACUUAUGAUUUGCACUGUUUAUUGACAUUUAUCUAAAGGGGCAAUAGAUGAAUUAUUUUCACCAGAGUAGAUAGGGCUAUGGUACAUGCAGGGUUAAUAAGCUUAAACUCUGGUAGCUUUCCAUUAGGUGAAUGAUCUGGGGGGGGGGGAGUAGUCUAUUAGUACCCAGUUCACUGGGACCAAAUCAGUUUUAUGUGUUAGUGCAACCUGGUCAAUGUCUGCAUUAAUUCCAUCGUUCCCUUGUGGCCAUAUUUGCAAUUGCAUGUAGUACAUCAGAGCUGGCUGUAUAGCUAUGGAAUCCGUUAUCCGGAAACCCGUUAUCCAUAAAGCUUAGAGUUAUGGAAAGGCCAUCUCUCAUAGAA